GUAGAAAAAACUAAAUCGGAAUCAAAAACUAAAAAGGGAACUGUCAACCUUCUCUUUCCGCGUCAAAACUUCAUUUCACCUGGUCAACUCUGCAGAACACAAGAACACAUUUCCAAAUCAACAAACCCCAACCCAACACUUCGUUCUUCUUUUCUCUGCCUCUCUCUCUGGAUGGAACCCAGACAUAGGUUUGUAUCUGUGCUCUUGCAGUUGUUGCUGCUGGGUUGCGUUCUUUACGGCGCGGAAUCUCAGUGCAGCAAGGGCUGUCCCCUAGCUCUAGCUUCCUACUACAUGUGGACAGGCUCCAACUUGACGUACGUUUCAGAGAUCAUGAAAUCCAACGUCCUCUCGGAUCCAAACGACAUAGUCAACUACAACAAAGACACGAUUCCCAACAAGGACAGUGUUCAAGCCUCCAUAAGAGUCAACGUUCCGUUCCCAUGCGACUGCAUCAACGGCGAGUUUCUAGGUCACACUUUCCAGUACGAUAUCCAGAGCGGGGACACGUACGAGCAUGUGGCGACUAACAAUUACGCCAAUUUGACGAACGUGAAUUGGCUGAGGAAGUUCAACAGUUAUCCUCCUAACAACAUCCCUGACACUGGAACCCUUAACGUUACCGUUAACUGCUCCUGUGGGAACAGACAAGUGGCGAAUUAUGGUUUGUUCAUCACGUAUCCACUUAGGCCUGGGGACACCUUACAGGCUGUGGCAAAGAAUCAGAGUGUUGACGCUUUCUUGCUUCAGAAGUACAAUCCCUCUGUCAAUUUCAACCAAGGCUCUGGCCUUGUUUAUAUUCCAGGCAAAGAUCAAAAUGGUAGCUUUGUGUUUUUGCCAUCCAGUUCUGGAGGUCUUGCUGCUGGGGCUAUUGCCGGCAUAGCCGUUGGUAUAGUAGCUGGUCUUCUAUUAGUGGCUGUUGGUAUAUAUUUUGGACAUUUCAGGAAAAAAAAGAUGCAGAGGGAAGAAUUGCUCUCGCAAGACUCCAAACCAAUGUUCAGACAAGAUGGUAAAGAUGAAACCUCGCGUAGUGCUGCUUAUGAAGCUGCAGGGCCUGCUGGGCCUGGUACCAUCACAGGCAUAACAGUGGACAAAUCAGUCGAGUUUUCAUAUGAAGAAUUAGCAACUGCCACGAAUAACUUCAAUUUGGCUAAUAAAAUUGGUCAAGGUGGUUUUGGUGCUGUCUACUAUGCAGAGCUGAGGGGAGAGAAAGCUGCAAUCAAGAAGAUGGAUAUGCAAGCAUCAAAAGAAUUUCUUGCAGAAUUGAAAGUCCUGACACGUGUUCAUCAUCUAAACCUGGUGCGGUUGAUUGGAUAUAGUAUCGAGGGUUCGCUUUUCCUUGUCUAUGAAUACAUUGAGAAUGGAAACUUGAGUCAGCAUCUCCGCGGUUCUGGAAGAGAGCCAUUGCCAUGGGCUACCCGUGUUCAAAUUGCAUUGGAUUCUGCCAGAGGUCUUGAAUAUAUUCAUGAGCAUACAGUGCCUGUAUAUAUUCAUCGCGACAUAAAGUCAGCAAAUAUAUUAAUAGAUAAAAACUACCGUGGAAAGGUUGCCGAUUUCGGAUUGACUAAACUGACAGAAGUUGGAAGCUCAUCACUUCCUACUGGUCGUCUUGUCGGAACUUUUGGAUACAUGCCUCCAGAGUAUGCUCAAUAUGGAGAUGUAUCACCCAAAGUAGAUGUGUAUGCUUUUGGAGUAGUUCUUUUUGAACUUAUUUCAGCUAAGGAAGCUAUCGUCAAGACAAGCGAAUCUGUUGCUGACUCAAAGGGCCUUGUGGCUUUGUUUGAAGGAGUUCUUAGUCAGCCUGAUCCUACAGAAGAUCUUUGUAAACUAGUGGAUCCAAGGCUUGGGGAAAACUACCCUAUUGAUUCAGUUCGCAAAAUGGCGCAUCUAGCAAAAGCUUGUACACAGGACAAUCCCCAACUGCGUCCGAGUAUGAGAUCCAUUGUUGUUGCCUUAAUGACACUUUCUUCAACUACUGAUGAUUGGGAUGUUGGCUCCUUCUAUGAAAACCAAAAUCUUGUGAAUCUCAUGUCCGGAAGAUAGGAUGAUACGACACUGAACAUUUGACCAUGUAAACAAUUUGGGUAAGUUCAGAAUACACGGGAAUUCUUGAAACACAUCAGUAAAAACUAGGAGGAAUUUGUACAUCUUAAAAUUUUAUUAGUCUGAACAAAGUAGAAAGGGUGGUGAGGUUAACAUUUUCAUCAUUAAUUUCAAGCAAUGUACAUAGUACAUAAGCCAUUGAGAUAUGUAUGUUUAUGCCCAGGUACAUUCAUCCCUUUUAAAGCUGUGUAAUAAAUCCAAUUUGAUCUCAA